CUAGGUGACUGUGUCUUCACCUCACCAGCUUCAUCCCUAGAAGCCAUUCACUAGCUACUGCAUAAGUAGUACAAGAGCAUACUUUGUAAGUUUGCAGGCUUCAGGCUUGAUCCUUCUCUGUGAGAUAUGGAGGAAAGAAAUGAUAUCAGCAUGGACAAGUCAGAUGAGGUCCUCCUGCCAGGAUUCAGGUUUCACCCUACAGAUGAAGAGCUGGUUAGUUUCUAUCUCAAGAGGAAGAUCCAGCAGAAGCCUAUCUCCAUUGAGCUCAUCAGACAGCUUGACAUCUACAAGUUUGAUCCAUGGGAUCUCCCAAAGCUUGCGAGCACCGGCGAAAAGGAGUGGUACUUCUACUGCCCAAGAGACCGGAAAUAUCGCAACAGCGCAAGGCCAAACCGAGUGACGGCAGCUGGAUUUUGGAAAGCCACAGGAACAGAUAGGCCAAUUUACUCCACUGAGGGUACCAAGUGUAUAGGGCUGAAGAAGUCCCUUGUCUUCUACAAAGGCAGAGCUGCAAGAGGGAUCAAGACUGACUGGAUGAUGCAUGAGUUCAGGCUUCCAACACUCACCGAUCCCUCGCUUCCGAAGAAACCGAUCGACAAGAACAUUCCGCUCAACGACUCCUGGACAAUCUGCAGGAUCUUCAAGAAGACCAGUUCCAUGGCACAACGGGCACUCUGUCAAACCUGGGGGCCUCAAUUGCCUGGGGCAAUUGAUCCAGAACUCUUCUCUACUACGUUGCAACCGGUGCAAGCUUCACAGUUUGCCUUGGAGAGCUCUUCUUGCUCAUUGCAAGCUGCAGCACCUGCAACUCAGUUCAGUAACAAAUAUGGAGUGCAAGGCAAUCAGCAGCAGCAGCAGCACAAGCCCAGCAAUCCACAAGAUGGCUCCUCAUGCAAGGUCAUAAACUUCAACUGCAGCCCAUCUGCAGAUGUCCAGAACAGCCAGAUCAUAGUGCCAUUUGAGAUACAAACAUCACAGAAGACCACAGGCGCUGCGCCGCUCCUCUUCGACGCGCAGUUUGCGCAGCCUGAACAGAUCGGUAGAUUUGUGGUUGAUUCAUCUGUAAAUGUAAAUGGAGGAGGCAUCAGCAGCAAGAACCAAGACACAUCAGCAAGAAAACCUGGCAAUGGCUUCAGCAUGAACAAUGAGUGGGAAGGCCUUGGAAGAAUCAACUUCCCAUUUGAUUUAGGAGCAGAUUCUUCAGAGGAUUGGAGGAGCAACAUACCUUGGGAAUCCUUCCUUAGCCCAACUGUCCAUGCUGAGAUGCCACACUAAGGCACUCUUCGGUUUGGCGGAAUUUUACAGGAAUUUUGGAGGAAUUGAACUGUUUCAUCUGAAAUUCCUGUAAAAUUCCUUUGACCCGAAGAAGCCUUAAGCCUUUGGCGCCUUGCCAUGCAGAGGAAGGCAUGGGGGUGUUGUUAGUGGAUGUUAUUCAGAGAUAGAUGUACAAAUACAGUGAGUCACCUUCAUCUGUUAGUAUUUCUGUUAGCAACAGACAAAAAUCAGAUAUUGUUUCUUCAGUUUUGAUUAGAUGUAUAUACUAUGAGAUACACUUGUUAACAGGGCAGCUAACAGAGAGAAGGCUACUUUGGUUGUGUUGUACAUACAUUUUUGAGUUCCGAGUGCUGUGAGAUUGUGUUACAUGAGUAUUGCACUGUC